AUGCGGCGCUGUGUAAGCGUGGUCGCGGCGACGCCAACGGCUGCCAUCGCCACCGCGUGGCGAGGCACCGCCCCGGCGAUGGGGGCGUUGGCAACGUGGCAGUCCGCAUACUUCCACUCGUCGAAGUUUAUUGGGAGGAAGUCGGGCGGCGCAAAGAAACCCGGUGCUGGUGCCUCCAUCGGCACAAAGACAACGCCAGCAUCAUCGUCGGCGCCGUCAGCCACCACCACCGCAGCCGCGAGUGGCGGAGCAGCAGGAAACGGGGCGGUUGGCGAAAAAAUGGCGAGAGAGCGUAACGUCGCCGCCCCGGCUGCUACCGCCUCUGCGGGCGUCUCUUCUUCCACUGCCCCUGUUGCUCCGCCUGCCUCCGCCGCCAACAAUAAUAAUAAUGCCGGAAACGCCGCGUCCUCGUCGUCUACUGACUUGGCGUCAGGGAGGGAAGAUGCACUGAGGACUAAAAAGCCACGGGCGCCUCACCGACGCAAGUCCGCGCAAAAAGUGGCUGACGGCGCCGCAUCGCCUGGUCCAGCGAACGAUGCAAUGCGUUUCAAGAAACAGGAACCAACGAAUGUGAACCGUCUGGCGACGGAUGGUGCUGUUUCUGUAGUCCUUGACGAAGAGGAUGUGGUUGUGGAACGUGCAAGCAUUACGAAGCUGUUCAUGCUGUCGGACUCGGUGGCGUCCAUCUUUUGUGCCCUGCCGCAGAACCAGCGCUCCAUUGACAACUACCUCAGGGAAGUGGAUCAGGCGGUGCUUCCACCCUCGGCGCCAGAGUACAGAGUGGACGGAGUGGGCACUCUGCUUCAUAGGGAUUGCAACUCUGCCAGUCCGAGCAACGAGGCAGUGGCGCGGCGAGAGAUUGCAGAGCGUGUUCUUUCCGAGGAGCGGGCGAAUCACACACUGUGUAUCCACGUUCGGGACAUGGACCAGUUGGUGCCGCCGCCCCAUUUGCUGCUUGACAGUGCGGCGAAGCCACCAUCCACGACGAAAUCCACAGGAGGAGCACGCCGUCGAAAGGUCAAGAGACUGGAAAAAAACUCGCGUGACGUACCCACCACAUCCUUGGCACCCAUCGAACGCCUUUUGGCGCUGCAUAAGUGGCAAAUCAAGGCCUUGCAAAAGGCACGUGAGUCUCAAGAACGUUUCAAGGUCCCGGAGGACUACCACGCCAUCACGCGAGUCCGAUUUCAUGAUCCACCCAAGGCAGAUUUGACCGUGGUGCAAGGUAGCGGAUGUGCCAAGACUGUCGCGGAUGUUCUUGCGACAAUGGAUCGAAGUCUGAAUAACGAUGCGAACGCAGAGGACAAUAAAGACGAUGAAAUCUUUAAUCAAAAGGAAACCGCAGAUGGCGAGAAUGGGGCCACGUUGCUUUCAAAGCCGUUCGCACUUAAGCCACUCUUGUCGGUGGUGGCGAGUUGCAUUCCACGUCGUGAACCCGCCCUUGGGUCACGGUGUGGGGAGGAAAUGUUUUUUAGCUCCAGCUCCCCCUUUACCAAUACGGCGGCCACCACGGCAAUGGCAAAGACACGGAGGGCAAAGCGGAUAAAGGGGGCUGGCGCCGCAACAACAAAACUGGCCGGUGCUGCCACCAUGGGAGAGGAGUUGCUGGGUCGCCGCGUGCCACCAAUGCCGCGUUUCACGACACGUGUGACGGUAUUGGUGGAACAUGACGAAUUGGAACCGGUGGAUUUGCUCUCGAUGGCAGAGAGGAGCACGACACGGAAGGACGAUGUGGAUGGUAAGAGGUCGGCAUCACACAAGAAGCGUGUGCCCCGCAUUUACUGCCACAUAGCCGACGGAGGGGAGUACUAA